AUGUUUGGUGGAGACGACGAACGCAACAUCGAUAUCUUUGGUGUCUUCAAUGGUGGUGGAGCAGCCACUGCCGAUGACCUCGAUGAUGCCAUGGAAGAAGAGGAAACAGAAGUCGCCAAUGAACAGCUUGUCGAGGACACAAAGAAUCGCGCUCAACAAGUCACUCAAUCAGAUGCUCUUCCACCAUCGGGGACUGUUGCAUCCAACAAACGAUCGUAUGAUACUGAUGUUGUCAUGGCUGAGUCAUCCAAACGAUAUCGACCAGAAGAACAGCAGCCGAUCGUGGCAGACACCUUUGAGGAACAGACGUCUCGUGAAGUUGCCAAUAUCGCUGGUUUACAAGGUGGUACUUCUACGCCGGCAGAUAAACAGAUAACACUACGCCAUCAAGUUCGCCAUCAGGUUGCUGUACCAGCCGACUAUGAUUAUACACCUAUUUCACAGCAUGUCCGCUCCAAAGAUCCCGCACGCACGUAUCGAUUCACCCUGGAUCCUUUCCAAAGCACAUCCAUUUCAUGCAUUGAACGUAAUGAAUCGGUUCUUGUAUCAGCACAUACAUCAGCAGGAAAGACUGUCAUAGCCGAAUACGCGAUUGCCCAAUGUCUCAAGAACAAACAACGUGUCAUUUAUACUUCUCCCAUCAAGGCACUCUCCAAUCAAAAAUAUCGAGAAUUCACCGAAGUGUUUGGCGAUGUUGGUCUAUUGACAGGCGACGUCUCGAUCAAUCCUCAAGCAUCAUGUCUGGUGAUGACAACCGAGAUCUUACGGUCCAUGUUGUAUCGCGGCUCUGAGAUUAUGCGAGAAGUGGCAUGGGUUAUCUUUGAUGAGAUUCAUUAUAUGCGUGAUUCUGAACGUGGUGUGGUGUGGGAGGAAUCGAUCAUCUUGUUACCGAAUGCUGUACGUUACGUCUUUUUAUCCGCCACUAUUCCCAAUGCACGACAAUUUGCCGAAUGGAUAUGCAAGAUUCAUAAUCAACCAUGCCAUGUUGUCUAUACCGAUUUUCGACCCACACCCUUACAGCAUUAUCUAUUUCCAGCAGGCGGUGAUGGCAUCCAUUUGGUGGUUGAUGAAAAAGGUCGCUUCAAAGAAGACAACUUUCGGAGAGCUUUGGCAAGCAUAUCAGAUAAGCAAAACGUCAAAUCAAAAGGUCGACAAUCCAACAAACAGGGUUCAGGGAAUGGUGGCACAGAUGGACCAUCCGACAUUUAUCGUAUCGUCAAAAUGAUCAUCAUGAAAGCAUAUCAUCCAGUGAUCGUAUUCAGCUUUUCAAAACGUGAGUGUGAAGCCAAUGCCAUGCAAAUGUCGAAGCUUGAUCUCAAUGAUGCAAGCGAACGUGAUAUGGUGGACGAGGUCUUUGAGAAUGCUCUUGCUUCUCUUUCUAAAGAUGAUCGAACCCUGCCACAAAUCCAACAACUACACCCUUUACUUCGACGAGGUAUCGGCGUUCAUCAUGGAGGUUUAUUGCCCAUUAUGAAGGAAAUCAUCGAGGUGCUAUUCCAAGAAGGCUUGGUCAAAGUCUUGUUUGCGACUGAAACGUUUUCGAUCGGUCUCAACAUGCCAGCAAAGACCGUAGUGUUCACUCAAGUCAGCAAAUUUGAUGGAAAGGAGAGUCGAUGGCUAAGUUCGGGUGAAUACAUCCAGAUGUCGGGUCGAGCAGGUCGAAGAGGUCUUGAUGAACGUGGUGUUGUGAUUAUGAUGGUUGGUCAAGAGCUGGAUCCCCACGUCGCCAAGGGAAUGGUUAUGGGCGAAUCAGAUCCCAUGAAUUCGGCAUUUCAUCUUAGCUACAACAUGGUUCUCAAUUUGCUUCGGGUGGAAGGCAUCAGUCCCGAGUAUAUGUUACAGAGAUGCUUUUAUACAUUUCAGAGUGAUAUGAGUUUGCCGAUACUUGAGCAAGAACUUGCAAACGCUGAAGAACAAAAGAAUGCGAUCAAGUUGGACGAUGAAGAGGAUAUCGCGAGCUACUAUGAGCUUCGAAAGCAAAUCGACAUCCUGGCAGAAGGUGUACGAGAGAUGAUGAAUGAUCCAGUUUAUUGUCUACAAUUCAUGCAACCGGGUCGGCUGGUACGGGUUAGACAUCUCGAUAUGGAAUUUGGUUGGGGCAUUAUUGUUGGCUACCGUCAUAAGGAACGCAAGGGAUCAGAGUCUACGGCUGAGGAAUACCUAUUGGAUGUCCUUCUUUACUGUGACAAGAGCAGCUCAUUAUCAAAGGGUGCAGGGGGAAAAGCCGUGGGUAUCAAGCCAGCCUUGUCAGAAUACAAUGGGACACCCUUAGUGGUACCGGUCUCACUAUCAUCAUUGGAUGGAAUCAGUCAUGUUUGUUUGGCGCUGCCAAAUCGACUCAAGUCCCCCGAGAAUCGUGAGACUGCACACAAGAUGAUCCUCGAUGUUCAAAAUCGAUUCCACAAUCGUAUCCCUCUCGUUGAUCCUAUCCGCAACAUGAACAUCACUGAUCCUCGUUUCAAAGAUCUGAUAGAAAAAAUAUUUACACUGGAAUCAAAACUCAUGACCCAUCAACUCAAUCAAAAUCCUGAUCUCCCUUAUCUCUACGACACAUACGCAAGAAAAAUCGGGUGGAUUCAAAAAUGCAAAGCUCUCAAACGCAAAGUGGGGGAAGCGCGUUCAAUUGUUCAGCUAGAGGAGCUCAAGGCAAGGAAACGGGUACUGCGUAGGCUUGGAUUUACUUCACAAGGCGAUGUCGUUGAUAUAAAAGGCCGCGUCGCAUGCGAGAUCACCACAGGCGAUGAAUUGAUGUUGACUGAAAUGAUUUUCCAAAACGUGUUCAACGACCUAUCUGUGGAUCAGUGCGUAGCGUUACUCAGUUGCUUUGUCUUUGAUGAGAAGACGGAUAAAAAAUCAAAGCUACAAGAGGAAUUGGCGGAGCCAUUACGACUGAUCCAGAAUACGGCACGUCAAAUAGGAGACAUAGCCUUGGAAUGCAAGAUGAAUAUUGAUGUCGAUGCCUAUGUGGCCAAGUUCAACCCUGGAUUGAUGGAUGUAGUAUACGCUUGGUGUCGUGGUGCUACAUUUGCCGAGCUAUGCAAGUCGACCGAGGUUUAUGAAGGCUCUCUUAUUCGUGCAUUUCGACGACUCGAGGAACUUUUAAAAGAAAUGGUUGCCGCUUCGAGCAGCAUUGGUAAUACAGAGUUGGAAAGCAAAUUUGCGGAAGGCAUCAAAAAGAUCCAUCGAGAUAUUAUAUUUGCAGCAUCAUUGUAUAUUUAA